GUUUGAAUAAAAGAGUAAAAUUCUGCGCCACAUUAUGAGUAAGCACAGUUUUCAUCGUCCUUUCAGAUGUGCAGUUUGCGAAAAGAGUUUUAAAUAUAAGUACGAUUUGAAGAUGCAUCGACUUGUUCAUCAAAAAGUGAAUUCUGAUUUGUAUUGCUGCGGUAAGUGUAACUAUCGCGGUAAAACGAAGAGCAAUUUGAAUGCGCACUUUAUCAGGAGACAUACCGACGAAUACAAAUUCGCCUGCGAACAUUGUGGUAAACGCUUCAAAAUAGAAUGGGAUUUGAAAUUCCAUCUUGGCACGCACGAUGGUUCACAGCAUAUGUGCGAUAUUUGCGGUAGGUUCUAUACGAGCAAUUACUCCCUGUAUAAACACAGGAAAGUGGCACACUUGAACGAAUAUAAGUUUCAUUGUAACAUAUGCAAUAAAAAGCUGCUGACGCAGGAGAAUCUGGAUAAUCAUAUGCAGCAACACGAUAAAACUUACGAGUGCAAGAAGUGUGGCAAAGCAUUUACUUCAAAAAGAUAUUUAACUAACCACGCAAAGACAUACACAGACAUCAAGUCUUAUACAUGCUAUAUUUGUGAGAAGAGUUUUAGUACAUCGCAUAUGAGAAACAUGCAUUUAAAUACGCAUUCAGCAGAAAAACCAUAUAUUUGUGACUUGUGCGGACAAACAUUCAAGAGGAGAUACGACAUGAUUGUGCAUCGUAGGAAACAUCCAGAUGCGCACUUAUCGUUAUCACCACCUAUGUCUCUUGGAAAAAGAUGUAAUAGUUUGUAUACUAUGGAAUCUAAAUAAGAAUCUCAAAAUGAUAUCUCACUAAUCUAAAAUGGUAUCAAAUCUAAAAUAAUCUUUAAACGUGGUGGAUGUUACACUGUAUCUGUAUACAUAACUGUAAGAUUUUUGUAAAAUCUUAAUAGGGAGGUGUAUAUAUCAAAAACUGUAUAACUUAAUAUAAUUUAAAGAAACAUAAAGAAUAAUGUGAUCUCUAUUAUAAUGAUUUAAAAGAGAGACAGAGGGAGAGAACAUUUUAUAUACAGGGUGGCCCCGAACGUUCCAGCCAGAUUUUAAGAUCUUAUAGGAAAUUUAAUUCUGAACAAAAAAUUUCUUAUCACAUGAAUCGAAAAAUGCUUUUUUAAGAAGUUAUUGCUCAAAAAUCUCUGAAAUCGUGAUUAUUUUACACAUUUUUCCAAAUAUCAUGGAAAAUGUGCGUCUUUAAACAAAAAGUACCGAAACAAAAGUUGUAGAAAAUUAAAUUAUCUUUUAAAUGAGAUUGAAAUGAUUGUAGUACGUUUCAUGGUUUCCAGGUUUUGAGAUAACCAGUUUCAAAUGUACAAAGAAAUAUUUUUUUUGCUGUCGACAUAGCUUUUUUUCGACUCAUGUUUAUAAGAAAUUUUCUCUCAAAGUCUGGC